AUGGCGUCGUCACUCUUUGCCACAGCGAUUACGCAAAUGCAGACGCAGAGCGGCCUCGCAAUUGCUGCUGGGAAUUCGAAGCGGAAGCGCGAUUAUGGCGACGAACUCGGACCUGGAUCUGGGGGUAUGGGACCGGGAGGCAUGAUUCAAAAUCAGAUGCAUGAGUUUCAAGGGAACGGGCGUACGAUGAAGCGGUGGAGGAAUAAGCCGAAGGAGGAAGAGGUUUAUCAAUACACACUUCAAAAGCUCUUCUCCGCACAGUCCGCGCAAUCCUCCCCUCCUCACCCCGCACCGUUACAGGCCCAAUCUGUCCAGUCCAUCCAGCAAUUCGCUCCCCCACCACCCAAAACCCAGACCCACACCGGCCAGAAACCACGUAACGCGUUCGCGGCGCUGCAGCCACAGAGGGGUUCGGGCGGGUUCAAGUUUUUGCAGGCUCCUGCGGUGACGAGUUGUGAGGAUUGUGAUAGGCCCAUGGAUGGUUGUGCGGAAGAUGAGGGAAUGUGCGUUGGGUGUGGGAGGAGAGUUUGUGACGGCGGGUGCUCAAUUCCGAGGGACGAGGGACGCUGCUGUUUGGAGUGUGCCAUGAGGUAG